UGCUAGCUAUUGAAUUACCUGCUGACAGUAAACUAGCCAGCAACUUGUCACACACAAAACACCUUAGCAAGGUAGCUAACGUUAUUCAUUCUGUAACGUCAACUAGCUAGCUACCCUGUGCAAGUUCAUAGGAUUUCUGGACUCCUGGCUACCUCCAGCGCAAUAUGAAAAAUGGAAAGUUCCUCCCUGUCAUGAGUGAAUAGAGCACAUGAUGAGGACUAUGGACUACGCCAUCUUCAAUGAGCUGCGACUAGAGGACAAGCUCUGUGAUGUGAUCAUUGAGGUCAAUCAGUUUGAGUUCAAAGCCCACAAAGCUGUCCUGUGUGCCUGCAGCACUUACUUCUGUUCCCUGUUUAACAGCACAGACGAGCAGAGGUACCAGAUUACUGGGCUUUUGCCAGACAUCGUGAGGCUUGUCAUCCAGUACAUAUACACAUGCUCGGUGCCAAUCUCAGAGGACAACGUGGAGAAUCUCCUGCAGGCAGCCAACAAGUUCUGCAUUGUGGGCCUUGCUCAGGCUUGCUGUGAGUUCCUGGAGGUCCAUCUGACCCCUCAGAACUGUAUUAGCACCUGGAGAGUGGCUGACGUGUACUCCUGCUCCAACCUGCGGUACCACUCAUACCGCUACAUCCUGCACCACUUUGAGGAAAUUGCACACGCUUCCAAUGAGUUCCUGGAACUCUCGUGUGCUGAACUCCAUGACAUCAUCGAUGAGGAUGAACUUAACGUCAGAGUGGAAGAUACAGUGUUUGAAUCCAUCAUGCGCUGGAUUGCGCACAGUCCCAGUGAGCGACAACAUUUUAUCUCCUUCCUGCUUCCUAAGGUGCGAAUGGGCUUAAUGAAUGCUGACUACUUCAUGGACAAUGUGAAGAACGACACACUGGUGAAGGGGAGGGAAGAGUGCAACCGCAUAAUCCUCGAGGGCAUGAAGGCGCUCUUCGACUUCAGCAUGAACCGGUCCCAGCCCAACUUCAGUAACUCGCUAUCGCGGCCACGCCUGCCUUUCGCUGUCCUGCUGGCCAUCGGGGGCUGGAGCGGCAGCGUCCCCACCAACGCCAUCGAGUCGUACGACGCGAGAGCCGGCUGCUGGGUGAACGUGACGCUGGAGGAGGAGAGUCCCCGGGCCUACCACGGCGCCGUCUAUCUCAACGGCUUCGUCUACUGCCUGGGAGGGUACAACAGCAUGGAGUACUUCAGCAGCGUGCGCAAGUACAAUCCCGUGACUCUCACCUGGCACGAGGUGGCGCCCAUGUACUUCCGGCGCUGCUACGUGAGCGUGGCUGUGCUGGACGGCUACAUCUACGCCAUGGGCGGCUUGGACGGCCACGUUCGCCUCAACACGGCAGAGCGCUACAAGCCUGAGACCAACCAGUGGAGCCUCAUCUCACACAUGCAUGAGCAGAGGAGCGACGCCAGCGCAACCACACUGCAUGGCAAGGUGUACAUCUGUGGGGGCUUCAAUGGCCAGGAUUGUCUGUUCACUGCAGAGUUCUACAGCCCUAAGUCUAACCAAUGGACGGAAAUCACCCCAAUGAGCAGCCGACGCAGUGGCCUGGGAGUCAUUGCCUAUGGCGAGGAGAUCUAUGUGGUUGGCGGCUUUGACGGGGUCUCCCGGCUGCGGAGCGCGGAUGCCUACGACCCGCUGACCAACGGCUGGCGGGCGGUGCCCGACAUGAUCACGGCGCGCAGCAACUUCGGCAUCGAGGUGCUGGACGGGCGGCUGUUCGUGGUGGGCGGCUUCAACGGCACCACCACCACGGACUACGCCGAGUGCUACGACGACCGGGCGGACGAGUGGAGCGUCGUCCACUGCAUGGCCUUCUACCGCAGCGCGCUCAGCUGCUGCGUGGUCCCCGACCUGGCCAACGUCGCCCGGUACGCCGUCCCGCGCGCCGCCGCCGCCGGCCCGCCCGCCGAGCCGCCCGCCGCGCCCGACAACCCCUCCUCCUCCCGCCGCUAACGUUCGCGUUUGUCCACGCGCCGUCUACCGCAGAAGCUCAUCUGUUCACGCUUGUCGUGCACGGAGGUGUUCGAUGCAUCUGCGCUCUAGCAGGGUUUGCAUUAAAAAAAAAUUCUCUUGAA